AGGUGAGAAAGUAGAUUACUUUACUCUGUAGUUCUAAUUCAUAUGUAUAUAUGUGUAGUCACAACAAAAUACCAUCAAAAGCCACAGGACCUUGUCGUACUGCCCUUGUAUUGCUCUUAGUGGGGCUAUUACUUAAGGGAAGAAAUCCGAGGAGUCAAACAUGUAAUGGGCAAGACAUCAAUGGAACAUGUUGGACAUCUACAGUUAGAAACCAAGAAAGAUGCCAAAUUGAGACCAUGAAGCUCUAGAAUGUCAGAGUUGUCAACAUUUCACAUCCAUUAUCCCCACAGCAACAACUUUUUAACUUGGGAUGAGCUGGGAUGUUUGAGUCGAUCCUUAGGAUUUCCAUCGGAUUUGUUCCGUCGUUAUUUGCCGCAAGAUGUACGCACGACUUAUUGUGACAACACAGGAAUGUCUGUCAAGACAUUUCAUCGAGUCUUGGAGCAGGCCUCAUUGCACACAGUACUACAUCGAACAUACAAUAUGCACACAGCGCAAUGGAACGUCCGAGUGAUACAACGGACAUUGGUCAUGCUGGAGCACAAAGUUUUAAAUUUUGAUGACGUCUACAAGGUACGAGUGGCCUACAUGACGUACGAACACGGAGACAUGAAGGGGAUGCUACUCCAUAAAAAUGUCUUGAUCAGGACGUUGAAGUUCUGCGGACGUGUCAUUUCUCCACUGAAACUACUGCACAGAGUCAAACACAUGAAGGACAAGUUGGACGAACGCGGACGGAUACAGCUCUACGAGUUCUAUAAUCUAAUUCUUUGGUGUGAUCUGUACACAAGUUUUGAUCCUCAACAAGUGGAGACCUCCUCAGGCAAAGAUGGCGGGCACUUGUUCAAGGUAGUUGACUUCCGUCGUCUGCUGUCUCAUCACGACCAGAGAUUGGCUCAUCAGCUCAACCACAAGUUUUACAAAGAAGAAAGAGAUUAUGGAAAGUUUUCUCUGGGCAGAAAUCAAAAGUUUACGGAACAAGUAGUGAUCACACAAGCAAGGAUUGAUCAGGCCAAUCUUCACAAUGACAAAUAUCGAUACCUGAAGCAGGAAAUUGAGGAAUCGGAAAAACGAGUGAAUCAGGCUCAGGCGGGAAGUAUUCGAGAUCGUCCACUGAGUGCCCCGGACUUGACCAGAUUCGAAGAACAUAAACAAGUUGAAAGUACAUCUAGUACUAUGAAAAGGCGUUUACAAUCAGCGCCACCUAGAGUAAAAAGAAAGUCUGAAAAAGGCUCCACUUGUACGGACACCACAGUCCCUCUCACGCCGCGUGCUGUGUCAGCUGACGAUGUCAGGGAAAUGACAACAAAAAUGGCUGAACUCCAAUUUGAAAUUGUUACCUCGGAUUGUCGGAGUCAGCUGAACUUGGAGGCUGAGAUAGACUUCUACUUGCCAGGUUACUUACAGAGACGGCCAACUCAAGAUCAUGUAAAGUUUUCAGAACAAGUUGCUGUUAAGAAACCGGAACACUGGACUCUAGAGAUUCUGGAAAGAUUGACCAAUCCAAAAGGUUUCAAGAGAAACUCUCAUGACAGAUGCUGUGACGCUGGGCAGUUACCUGGGCGAGAUUUACAACAAAGAAACUCAUCAGAAAUCAAUUUUGCAAAAUUUAAGGGAGCAGAUAAGACGCAAAGAGUGUCUCUAAACAUUGGACCAUCAAAGAACACUCAACAAGAUAUACCACGUGAAGAUUGUAGAGAGACUAAGACGAUAUUGACAAAGUCCUGCAAAGACCAACCUGAGACACUCGAUGGGCCGCACGUUCUUCCUGAGGAUAGGAUUGUUGAAGCCAAUAAGGAGACAUUGGAAUCAAUGAGUCAAGACAUACUAAACCAGAAGUCAUGCGCUGUGGAAGAAAUCAUUCCAUGUGAGCAGAGUCUAUCUGAACACUACGCUGGUCAGAAGAGAGUCUCUUGGGCAACUAAUGAUAUUGUGAUAGCAUUCACUGACCAAAGCUACUUGUCCCACCCACAUAUUGAGCCUGUAGUGACGGUCAAGGAUAAAGAAGGACUGUUACAGAUUCUAUCUCCAGCUUACACAGAAACAGGCGAAACCAGACAGAAAGAAGCAACAAGGAGUAGCACGACGGCAGCACCACGAGUCAGAGAACGUGCACAGCAGAGAGACUCACUCAAUGGACCCUCACGUCCAUGUGGUGGCGACAAAGGGAACGCCCCUGCAUGUGAAUCUAAUACAUCUACAGUUGUGAAUGACAAACUAGAUCUACUUACAGCUGCUCUAGACCAAGCGCAUCCUAGAUGUGAGACAUUCAAUAGAAAAGUUUCUAACAUCUCUAACAAUAAGAACAAGAUGGUAGGGAAAGAACGAGCACUCCAAAGCAAUGCCUUUAUUUCCUUACGUUCGUCUGAUACUAAUGGUCGUCAGCAAGCUCGGAGUGUCAGUCUCGCUAGGGACAAAGCAACAGAAAAAAACAGGAGACUAGCCAGGAGUAGACUUUUGGCCAGAAUUCGUUGUGCCCGGUCAGAAGAUUAUCUUAAUUGUAUCAACUAAACAUAGUAUUUUGGGUGUAUAUGUGUUUUAGCUACCAGUAAUUAAAACAAUGAAAUAGAGACUCGAGCAGAUUCACAUUCAAUGGAUUCAUACUUUAAACAAAAUAAUAGUAAAAAUAAAAUUUAAAAUGUCAGGAU